AUGAUUGGUGAUGCGACUGCCUAUGAUUGGCGACUUAUUUUUUUGUUACAUGCUGCGUUAUCGUUGAUUUGUAAUGUAUUUUUCUGCUUCGUAGCAACCGCCAAACCAGCAUGGUGGACAGACGAAGAAACUGUUGAACUUCGCACUAAAACUUGUGGUGCCCUGUGGUGGUGGUGCCCGAGGCCACAGCAACAAAUUCACUGA